AUGAACCCCUCAAGAUCCUCCACUACCGCGACUCCGCGUCCAAAUUCACCGACUUCAAGAUCAUGCCCGACCAAAGACCUCAACCAGAUCGAGCACCCUGCCGGCUUCGCCAUGGCCUGCAAAGAGCUCUACAAGAACUUCAUAAGCCUCUUCUACUCCAUCAACACCUUCACCAUCUGGACCACCCUCAACACCGUCGCCACCAGCACCAAAGCCUUCCUCAAAGUCGUCGGCCCGAAGAAUGCUCGAACGAUGGGCACUCUCAACAUCGACAUCCCCCUCGGCGCGUGUCGCCACCCUCGCGGCAGUACCAAACAUCUGCCAACAGUGCUCCGCGACAUCGUCACCAGGAUCGAGCGUCAACCCACGUCACCCUUACUGUCCGACUCCGGUGUCGAUGUCGAGUCGACUCUCGCCUCGGCCUUGCUCCACUUCUGCGACAACGAGCUCUGCACGAUGCUGAACGAAUGCAAGACCGUCCGCAUCAAGAUUCACUACAGCGUGGCGGGUGCAGGACCGGGUACGAACGAGAUGUCGUUCGACUGGCAUGCGCUAUGCACGUCGAUGGAAGAAGAGGCUAUACGGUUGUUUGAGUCAUCACAGGGUGAGGAUGGCAAUCCGCUUGAGCAGCUGUUCCACAUGAGGCUGGUGCAUGUGGUGUUGUGUUACAUCCGCAUUUUCGACGACGAAUUCGAGUUUGCGGCAUAA